AUGGACGCCACCGAGGCUGAAUCAAGCUACUUCAACAACUACCCCCCUCCAAAGGCCCUCAACAAACACAAAGCCCUCGCCCGCGCCUUCAUUGAUCUCCAAGUCGAGAAGCACCGUCGAGUCGUCCUCGUCACCAGCGGCGGAACCACCGUCCCGCUCGAAACACAAACGGUCCGGUUCAUCGACAACUUCUCCGCCGGCACACGUGGCGCCGCAUCGGCCGAGCAAUUCCUCGAAAAUGGCUACGCAGUCAUCUUCCUGCACCGCCAAUUCUCACUGCUCCCGUACUCGCGACACUACAGCCACUCGACCAACUGCUUCCUCGACUUCAUGGACGAAGACGCCUCGUCGGCCAUCGUCGUGCGCAGCGAGUACCAGACCGCCAUGCGCGACGUGCUCCGCAAGUACCGUCUCGCAAAGCAAAACAACCUGCUGCUCGUCCUCCCCUUCACCACUGUCACCGAGUACAUGUUCGAGCUCCGCGCGCUCGCCCACCUCAUGAAACCGCUCGGUGCAAACGCGCUCUUCUAUCUUGCCGCUGCCGUCAGCGACUUUUUCAUCCCACGCGACAGGAUGGCUGAGCAUAAGAUCCAGUCCUCGGAGAUCCCCGCACAUCCAAACAUCAGGUCAAACAGUAACCCGCUCGAGGAUGGCGACGAUGUGUAUACCGGGUAUAAUGAGGAUCAGCCUAGCAACAAGUCCAAGAAACUGGUUAUCGACCUAGACCCGGUCCCGAAAUUCCUGCACCGGCUAGUCGAUGGCUGGGCGCCCGAGGGGAGUAUGAUUGUCUCGUUUAAGCUGGAGACGGACCCGAAUCUGCUGGUGUACAAGGCGCGCACGUCGCUGCAGCGGUACGCGCAUCAUUUGGUGAUUGGGAAUCUGCUGUCGACGCGGAAGUGGGAGGUGGUGUUUGUCACGCCCGACCCGCCGCAUGAGCGCUGGAUUCGCGUGCCCAAGACGCGGAGGAGUAAGUCGAUCUCGGGAGAGGAGAAUCUGAUUGGGUUGGCAGAGGGCCAGCAUCAGGAUGGUCAGGAGAGGGGCGGCCAGGAGGGGAGGCAGGAAGGGGAUGGGGAUGAGGGAGAUGAGCAGGGACGGGGGUUGGAGAUUGAGAGUCUGAUAAUUCCGGAGUUGGUUCAGUUGCAUACGCAGCGGAUUGAGCAUGUUGAAGUAGAUUCAUCAUGA